AAAUUUUCAAUUUCCCAACCUUUCCCCUUUUCUCAACCAACUUUUUGCACUGUAGAAAAUUCAACAUCUUCAAAUUAAAACUUAUUCAUGCUCACCUCUACAUCUCCUGAGCAGCCAGCAUUAGGUGCUCAGUCGCCUUUGACAAAGGCACUGGCAAAGCCUACUAUCGAUAUUUCUCCUUCAACUCCCUUAUCACGCAAUUCACCUACCUUACAAUCUCUCAACCGAAUUCUCAACCGCACAUCCAGAAAAGUGACUCCAUCUACGCCAAGCACUCCUUCAAUUCCCAUCACUCCGAUGGCCCGCCUUGGCGUCGCCGCUACACCUCGUUCAUCCCGACCCACACCACGUAGUCCUAGAGCAACACGUUCUCUUGAUCAACUGGCUAUGUAUCGACGCACCAGUAUCACCAAAUCAGCAACUCCAGCUGCCGCCGCCUCACCAGCGACUGUCAUGGAGAGCCCUCGCCGGUGUCAGGAAAUACAGUCUCUAUGUAGGCGAUUUACAUUCAAACACACUACGCUCAACAUGAGUUCCAGAGCCAUUGUCAACGGUAACAACGAGACUAUGCGUGAUUUUUUACAAGAUCUAAAGGAACGAAAUAGAGAAGAACGAGUGCGCCACUACCAAAACGAAAGAAAACAGGAACGAGAAAAGCGCUGGUAUCGCCUUCGAGGAAUCAGAAUGCCUUGGGAACUGGAAGGUUCCGCCAAUGAUCGUUCAACGCAGGCUGGUCCUCUCCAUUUGAUCGCACGGCCUGAUGGUGGCUCACUCGCACGAUCAACCUUGACUCGCCAGCCAACCUUGCAAGACAUUUGCUUAUCGUUCAAACCAGAUGAUCAGAAUUAUGAACAACGAGGUUCCUGGCAUAUUCAAGCUAAAAAAGCUCGAAAAGAAGAAGAGAAGUUCCGACAAGAGAAGCUAAAGUGGUACAAGAAUGCCCGCAUUGCUUUGCUGACCGAUAAUACUUCAGAGAUGCUUCAGCCUGGACCGCAUGCCGUUUUUGCCACAGAUAUAGCCACCUUCAUACCCAUCCAUCGCUGUAACGAGUGCUAUUCAGACGACUGCCUUCAUCAAUUUGAAAAACUAGCCAGCUAUCGCGGUAAAGUUAAUAUUCUCGCCCGCCGAUCGGCCAAUCGAAAAAUGCAAUUAAAGAUCAAUACCCGAAAACCCAGUUUAGACUUUGCCGACUGGGCGAGUCGUGGCCAGCGAUGGAGCCAACUUCGACUGCAGAACUUUUUGAAUCAAGCAAAAAUCGCUCGAGGCUGGGAGAUGUUGAAACGCCGAAGAGUAGCAGAACAAGCAGCAGAGCCUCGACGGCCGAGCUCCAAAAUUGAAAAGCAAGUUCAAAAGGCGAAGGGCGAUUUGGAAAUCGAUUGGGAUCAAACUGUACGGGCACCCAGCGACACCAACAAAUACCGGCCAAAGAAAUACAAUGGUCGCAUUACGCCCAUGGACGACGGCAAGGCUGGCAAUCCACUGGAUAGUAUUCUCGUUAUGACGGAUAAGGAUGCAUCGUCAGCAGCCAUUAUCACCAUUCAAACCAUUGGGCAGGUCCUCCUUCACCAGAGCCUGAAAACAUUGUUCUUCAUGGCCAAUGAGGCAGUUCGUGCAUUAUCUAAGGAAGCCGAUGUUAAUCUUGCGUCAUCUCUUGAAGACUAUCUUUCCAUCGAUAUUCUUUGCGACGAAGCGAUGAACGUCAAGGGCGUUUUGGAAUAUAUCUUCCUCAAGCGAUACCUUUGCGUCAAUAAGAUCGUGAUUCCUGAAAAAUAUCAACGGCAAGGUUUUGGAACUACCAUGAUCCGACGUGUAACCCUCCUCGCAACCUGGCGACAAAAAGAUCUUUUAGUCUAUGCUCCUCCAAACACUGUUCCGUUUUAUACCAAAUGGGGAUUUGAUCUCUGUAAAGACAUGACUGCAGACGAUGACUCGGUGGUGAUGAUCAAGCGAGUUGCUGCCCCUGAACGUGCAGAGUCAUAUGGUUUCUCUCUUGGCAAGUGUGAUACGCUACGUUAAGAACCCAGU